AUGUACUACUGGAAACCAGGAUCGAGGUGCGAAGUGGGCAUGUGGCGAGGGUGUCUUCCUAAUAUAAACAUGUUCAAAGACGAAUACGAAUGUGUUUCCACUUGUAUAUUCUCAGUCCGAGCAAAAGCUCCUGACUUCCAUGGCUCUUAUGAUAACUACAUUGAUGGACCUGAUAUGAGUACCGAAACACCACCCAGUGAGAUGCCAGAUGACAACGGUACCGACUUCAACGCUAACACCACCGACACUAACUCCACCAACCCCUCCGACUCCAACACCAAUAGCAGCGACACCACCACCAUCGACAACGACAACAGUACCGACUCCUCUGAUCCCAGCACUGACAAUACCACCAUCGAUAACGGCCCCAGUACCGACUCCUCUGAUCCCAGCACUGACAAAACCACCAUCGACAACGGCCCCAGUACCGACUCCUCUGAUCCCAGCACUGACAAAACCACCAUCGACAACGGCCCCAGUACCGAGUCCUCUGAUCCCAGCACCGAGUCCUCUGAUCCCAGCACUGAAAAAACCACCAUCUGA